GAGUGGUCUCUGGGAGAAGGUUGACCGGCACAGAUGCGUUUGUCCGAGGGAGCAGUGGAGAUUCGGGUGGAGGCGUAACGCCUGGGGCUUCCAAUGAUACUCUGGGCAGCGAUGGAAGCCUAGAUGCCUCACCGUAAGGAGCGGCCGAGUGGGUCCUCGCUUCACACACACGGCAGCGCUGGCACCGCGGAGGGAGGAAACAUGUCCCGGCUGUCUCUCACCCGGUCGCCCGUGUCUCCCCUGGCUGCCCAGGGGAUCCCACUGCCAGCUCAGCUCACCAAGUCCAACGCACCUGUGCACAUCGAUGUGGGCGGCCACAUGUAUACCAGCAGCCUGGCCACACUCACCAAAUACCCUGACUCCAGAAUAAGCCGCCUCUUUAAUGGCACUGAACCCAUCGUUCUGGACAGUUUGAAGCAACAUUAUUUCAUUGACCGGGAUGGAGAGAUUUUCCGCUAUGUCCUGAGCUUCCUGCGGACGUCCAAACUGCUGCUCCCGGAUGACUUCAAGGACUUCAGCCUACUAUACGAGGAGGCACGGUACUACCAGCUGCAGCCCAUGGUGCGAGAGCUGGAGCGCUGGCAGCAGGAGCAGGAGCAGCGACGUCGCAGCCGCGCCUGUGACUGCCUGGUGGUGCGAGUCACGCCAGACCUGGGUGAGCGCAUUGCGCUCAGUGGCGAGAAGGCCCUCAUUGAAGAGGUCUUCCCCGAGACCGGGGACGUCAUGUGCAACUCGGUCAACGCUGGCUGGAACCAAGACCCCACGCAUGUCAUCCGCUUCCCUCUCAAUGGCUACUGCCGGCUCAACUCUGUGCAGGUCUUGGAAAGGCUCUUCCAGAGGGGUUUCAGCGUGGCUGCGUCCUGUGGAGGUGGCGUGGACUCCUCCCAGUUCAGCGAGUACGUGCUUUGUCGAGAGGAGCGGCGACCACAGCCCACCCCCACUGCCGUCCGGAUAAAGCAGGAGCCCCUGGACUAGGCCCUGCCUCAGUGCCCGCCUGAGGCCCCUCGGCCCUGGGGCCGCUCCCAGAGACCUGGAAACAGUGCUGGCGAGUCCUGCCUGUGCAAGCUUAGCAGUGGGCUUGAGACUGAGGUUGGGGCUGGAGGGUCGGAAGCCGUCCCAGGGGGCACUAUGGCCCCGGGUGUCAUGGCAACAGAACAUGGGAUGCUGGAGGCAUGCCCACCGAAGGACUGCUGUGACCACGGAUGCCGUGGCCAGAACUCCACUGCCGGCUCUCCGCGUCCCUUGGCUCUGUGGUCAGGUGCAGCGUCCUCUGCCGAGGCACAGCGAGCAGAGGCAUCCCCAGCUAUCGCAGAGCAGCUGUUCCUCCUUCUCUGUGCGUGGCAGGCUCUCGGCGGGUCUCCUUGUGUCAGAGAUGGCUUAUUUUUCUACAGUAUUUAAAAUGGAAGUGACUGUCACUGCACAAGGCAGCAAGGCCUCCAAGGACCAACGCUUCUUCAUCUGGUGCUCAGUUCUCAGUCGGACGUGCAGCAGGCCCACAUGGUGGAUGAGCUGUGGGGCGCUCAGGCCCAGGUGCCUGCAGAGCUGGGGCUGGGGGGUUGGAUGUGGGCAUGACAGUGCUUCAGGAGCUGAAGCCAGGCCCGUAGGGGACGGGGCUGCUGGGGGAGGGUGCAGGGUCGGACGGCCCACCUAACCAUCUCAGACCCUCUCUUUGCUGCCUUCCAGGGCUCAGGCUGCACUCAGCAGGUCACCUGACCUGCUCAUGCACAGGAGCUCCCAGUCCUGUCAGUGUGUGCUCACUCCUGGGCCCCUAGAGAAGUCUGUCCCCAUCAGACCCGCUGUGGGGGCUGCACCUUACCUCAGGAAUGGGUCUCACCACAAAGGGUCCCAUCUGUCGGCAGCAUCUUCUGGGUCCCCAGCUCAGGGAGCCACCCCCAGAGGGCCACUAGCUCCAGUUUUUCCCACACUAAUAUGCACACUGAGUUUUAGUUAAACGUGUUGUACUAGCCUGGCGGUAAGACUGGACAUGGGCAUACCUCGCGCUCUUGACCCUAGAUUCCAGUGAGGACUGGCCCUGAGGGGGUCCUCAUAGACCUGCCACCUCCCAGACAGCAAGCCCAAAGAUGGACACCUUGGGCCUUGUCAUACUUCCCCACGUGCUGGCCCCUCCUGGAUGGAGAAAAUGCAGAGGACUGGUAGGUGGGGUACCCGGGCCAGCACCCUGUAUAUAAUGCCUGUAGACUUGUAUAUGACUCCUUUAAUAUUGUAAAGAUGCUGAUGUACAAUUGUGUGUUUGUGUAAACACAUUACAAUCCUAGUUCAUGCCAUAAAUGAUGCUAUGAAGCAAAA